UGGCACUAACUUUUUAAAAAGCGCGGGCACGCGUUCUCUGGCGCAGUCUGCUUGCGGCCCUGAGCCGCGCACGCGCUGUGACGAUAGGAUGGUGCACUUGGUACCUUUUGCGGUUCCCAUCGGGGGUGACAAAACCUUGCUGGUGUGGGAGUUGAACUCUGGAAAAACGGCCGAGGCCUUGCAACAUUCUUUCUUCACAGUCUUCUCCCGGUUUGGCCUUCUGUAUUCUGUCUGAGUCUUCCCAAACGCAGCAGUGGCCUGUCCUGCGUUCUAUGCCAUUAUUAAGUUUUAUUCAGCAAUGGAUGCCCACAGAGCCCAAAAGGCAUGCGAGCAGAAACAGCUUUUUCACACAUCUCCAGUGAAGGUUCAUCUCGGCACCAGACAUAAGGCGGUUCAACAUAAUACGCCUGCCCUAAACAGCUCCAGAUGCCAAGAAUUGGCAAAUUACUACUUUGAUUUCCAUGGGUGGUCAAAAAGUAUCAUCAAGCUUCGGGAUCUUUAUAACCUUGAAGAAAGGGAAAAUGAAGAUAUUGUGACACCACUUCAGAAGCAAAGCCUGAAGUUCUUUUGUGCUUUAGAGGUUGUGUUGACCUCCCACGAGUGCAGGAGUCCUGGAGUUGGCAUGGCUGAGGAACCUUUGGAUAAGUUGGAGGAAGGGUCAUUAUCAUUACUUAUGAAAAGGAAGGUAACCCAGAAGCUUGCUAUUCAGAAAGCUAUGACAGAUGCAUUUCAGAAAUUGCUGAUUGUGGUUUUAGAAAGUGGUAAAACAGCUGUGGCAUAUAGACCCUGUGAACAGGUGACAGAUGCUAGAAUCGAAGAAGAACUACAGGAUUUAAUUCAAGUCAGCUACUUUUCUUGUCAGCCAUGUGGCCAAAGGGAGGAAGAAUGUCUCUCAGACUUCAGCUUUCAGGAGGAAGUGUUCAGGUUGCCAGAACUUGACUAGCACUUAUGAAUUUCCCAGAAUGCCAGGUCCUGUGGUUUCCUCCGGAAGUUCUGCAUCCUUCCCAACCCCCCUCCACCACUGGGCUGCUGGAGACACCCAUUAGAACGGCUCAAAUGUGAACAAUGACAAGAACAAAUUCUGUAGGGGAUGGUGGAAUAACUUGUUCAUAACAUAGGCCUGGUCCUGUUGGUAUUAGGAUUCUUUAAUUUGGCGUCCUGGUAUAGCAGCUCUUUUUGGGCCUGAGAAGGAACAGCUCAGGGGUGUACAACAAUUUCAGAUGAAACUAACUAAUAUUCAAUGACUAUCUCUAACUACUUGGUUGUUGAUUUCUAUUAGUUAUUAUUCUCCUGGUUUUAGCUCUGAUGUGGGGAUUACAGAGGAGUCAACAUUUAAAUCUUCAUAAUCUGUGUAUUUGUAGCUUCAGUAUCAUUACUGACCCAUAGUCUUUUAUGGUUUGGGAAGAGUUAUUGAUUUCAUGUAUCAUGUAAAGGAUUCACAAUGAUGAUAGAGCAGCUAAGAUUACAAUAAUGGCUGGUAAAUUGUUCACAUUUUCUCUACCUGUGCAUCUAUUGUACAUAUAUGAGUUAGUUUAGUUGUCAAUAUUAGUGAAAUAAUAUAGAGGACUAGAGAACUUAUUUUAAAAAUCACUAUUGUGAGAUGACAAAAAUGUAAAAGUUCUUCCAUAAUCGGUGAUGUUGUGUCUUGAGAGCCUAGAUGAAAUUGAUAUGCCUUAGUGAUAUACAGGAUUUUAGCCUAUGAUUUAACUUUUUACUUUUAUCUCAUUUAUUGAGAAAGACGUAAUUGUUAUGGUGUUGGCUUGAAACUGGUUGAAAAGGACUUGAGUCCUUCCUUAUUUUACAUUUACAUAGGUAGGAUCUUGAAACAUAGGAUAUGGUGGAGGGCAUUCGUGUAACCAUUCUAGGUUAGGAGUAGCAGUUUCCACUGCUAAGACUUCUUGUUUAGACGCAAAUGCUUUUCAAAGUAUGAAGAUUAUUAACAUUACCGCUGCUACUGAGAUGAAUGAGCCUAAAGACAAAAUACUUCAUGUUGUGUGUGCCUCAGGGUACUCAGACUAACGUAGUGACAUCCCUGAGAGGCCAAGAAAGUGCUGCAGGAAGUCAUAUUUACUGCUACAAAUAUACUUGUUAAGUGAAUUUUUGCUCAUGCUGAGUUAACUGUAUAACCUGAGAAUAGUGGGAAUCAGUGUAGGAACCCUCCUAUAAUAGUGAAGACUGCUCCCAUGGACAUUAGGUCAUGGAAGUGUGCUACUACAUUGUAUGUAUCCUAGAGGACAAUGUCUGGGGAUGAGUUGGCUAAGAUAAUUCCUGUCAAACCACCUACUGUAAAAAGAAAAACUAAAGCCUAAAACUCAUAAUAUAGUGGGAGGUCAUACAGUAUUACCUCCGUGAACAUUUGUUAACCAGGGACUUCCCUGGUGACGCAGUGGU